AUGCGAUCUGCCUCAACACCCCUGCUCUGCCUUUGCCUCCUCGUCUUGCCAUCAUGUCCCCUUCUCUUGCAACGAGCGCACGCAGCAGCACGUCAUGGUGGCAUAUCACUCAUGUCCCAACAGAAGGCCCUCCUCCACUGGAAAUCAACGCUCGCAAACCCAGCAGCGGAGAUGAGCUCCUGGCGGGACACCAGCAGCAGCAGCAGCGGCCUGUGCAACUGGACGGGGAUCAUGUGCACGGCCGUUCGCCAUGGCCGCAGCAUGCCCUGGGCCGUGACCAGCAUCUCCCUGCCAGAUGCCGGCAUCCAUGGCAAGCUUGGUGAGCUCAACUUCACAGCUCUCCCAUUCCUCACAUAUAUCGAUCUAGGCAACAAUAGCCUCCGUGGUCCAAUACCGCCUAAUAUCAGCUCGCUAUCAUCCCUCUCAACCCUUGACCUUAGCUUCAAUCAGCUCAGAGGCCACAUACCGCACGAGAUCGGCGAACUGGCUAGCCUCACCAUACUUGACAUCUCCUUCAAUAACCUAACAGGACAUAUCCCUGCGUCCCUAGGCAACCUGACAGUGUUGAUUUACCUUGUUAUCCACCAAACCAUGGUCUCAGGUCCCAUUCCAAACGAGUUAGAGAGGCUUGUCAGCCUGCAGGGUUUACAGCUAAGCAACAGCGCCUUAAGUGGUAACAUACCCGCAACUCUUGCAAACCUGACCCAGCUAAAUGUUCUGUUACUGUACGGUAACAAACUGUCGGGGCCGAUACCCCAUGAGCUAGGCAAGCUAGCCAAGCUGCAAUUCCUUCAACUUGAUGAAAAUAAACUAACCGCUCAAAUCCCUUUCUCCAUAUCCAAUCUAACUAUGUUAAAUGAACUCUCUCUCGUCAAAAAUCAAAUCACAGGUUCCAUCCCCGCUGAAAUAGGAAGGCUAGUCAUGUUAAACAAACUUGAUCUCUACCAAAAUCAAAUAACAGGAACGAUACCUCCAGAAGUAGGCAACCUCACUCAGCUGAACAUACUUCGUGUCUAUAAAAAUCGACUAACGGGUUCUAUACCCCCAGAACCAGGCAUCCUGAUAAAUCUCUCGAAUUUGGACCUAUCAGCCAACCAAAUCGCUGGCUCUAUUCCUGCCAGCUUAGGAAACCUUACUAAUUUAUUAAUAUUGUCCCUUUUUAGAAAUCAGAUAACAGGCACCAUCCCACAGGAAAUUGGCAAUUUGGUGAACCUCCGAACAUUGUUCUUGGACGAGAAUAAAAUUUCUGGCUCAAUACCCAAAACAUUUGGAAACCUACAAAACAUCCAACGUCUGAACAUGAAUGAUAACAAAUUAACGGGAUCUCUUCCUCAGGGAUUUGGAGAUCUCAAGAACAUAGUCGGCCUUAAUCUGGCUGAUAACUCCCUUUCUGGACCUUUGCCUAUGAAUAUAUGUACCGGCGGCAGUCUCAGAGCUUUUGUAAUGUCUCUGAAUAUGUUCAAUGGCUCAGUUCCAUGGAGCUUAAAGACCUGUACAAGUUUGACUGGACUUCACCUUGACGGAAACCAACUGACAGGAGAUAUAUCUCACCAUUUUGGAGUUUACCCACAACUUAGGCACAUAUGGUUGACAUCCAAUAGACUCUCUGGGAGCAUUGCACCAAAGUGGGGAGACUGCCCCCAAAUAAAGGAAUUCAAGCUAGGACAAAACAUGAUUACUGGUCAAAUACCUCCCACCCUAUCAAAAUUAUCCAAUUUGGUAGACCUAACACUCGAUUCUAACCACAUAACUCGUUGGAUUCCACCAGAGUUUGGAGAUUUGAAAAAUCUUUAUAUCUUGAAUCUGUCACUCAAUCAGUUAUCAGGCCCUGUACCUUUGCAGUUGGGGAAGUUGAGAAAUUUAGGACACCUUGACCUAUCUGAAAACAGUUUGAGUGGAUCAAUACCAGAGGAAUUGGGAAGCUGCAUAGAACUAUUGUUCUUGAAGAUCAACACCAACAACUUCACUGGAAAAUUGCCUGGUGCAAUUGGAAAUUUAGCAAGCCUACAGAUGAUGUUAGAUGCCAGCAAUAACAAACUUGAAGGUGUCUUGCCAAAAGAACUUGGAAAGUUGGAGAUGCUGGAAUUUCUUAAUUUAUCCCAUAACCAGUUCAGUGGAAGCAUUCCGUCCUCCUUCGCAAGCAUGGUGAGCCUAUCGACGCUUGAUGUGUCCUACAACGACUUGGAAGGACCACUCCCAAUAGGACAUGCACUUCAAAAUGCUUCAAUAAAUUGGUUUCUUCACAAUAAAGCUCUGUGCGGUAACUUCUUUGGACUGCUACCUUGUUACUCAACUCCAGCAUCUGGUCGCCAUAAACAAAAGAUACAAAGUUUCCUCCUGCCAAUUGUUCUUGUUGUGGGGUUUUCCACCAUUGCUGCAAUUGUUAUCAUUGCAAUUCUUAUACGUAGCAAGAAAAAGAAACAACAAAGUGGUGCUACAGAUGAGGGGAGGAACAUGUUCUCUGUUUGGAAUUUUGAUGGACGACUAGCAUUUGAUGAUAUUAUCAGGGCAACAGAAAAUUUUGAUGACAAGUACAUCCUUGGAGCAGGAGGACAUGGAAAAGUCUACAAGGCACAACUCGAAGACGGGCAGCUAGUUGCUGUAAAGAAAUUCCAUCCAACAGAAGAAGAGUUGAUUGAUGAGAGAGGAUUUCACAGUGAAAUGGAAAUCUUAACACAGAUUCGACAAAGAAGCAUUGUCAAACUCUAUGGAUUUUGCUCCCAUCCAACGUACAAGUUUCUUGUCUAUGAUUACAUUCAGCGUGGAAGUCUCCACACGAUUUUACAAGAUGAGGAAUUAGCCAAGGGAUUGGAUUGGCAUAAGAGAACUGCCCUUAUAAAUGAUGUUGCCCAGGCAAUAUCAUAUUUGCAGAAUGACUGUAGUCCUCCUAUAAUUCAUCGAGAUAUCACAAGCAACAACAUCCUGCUUGAUACAAAUUAUAAGGCUUAUGUCUCAGAUUUUGGUACAGCAAGGAUUUUGAAGCCUGAUACAUCAAACUGGAGUGCACUAGCAGGGACAUAUGGCUACAUUGCUCCUGAGUUGUCCUACACUUCUGUUGUGACAGAGAAAUGUGAUGUGUACAGCUUUGGUGUGCUUGUGCUAGAGGUGUUGAUAGGGAAGCAUCCAAGAGAUCUACUCCAACAUCUUGCCUCAUCAACAGAGCCAUAUACUCUAGUCAAAGAAAUCUUGGACCAACGGCCUUUAGCACCAACAACAAUAGAAGAGAAAAACAUAGUUUUCCAAAUCAGGGUAGUAUUUUCUUGCUUGAAAGCUUCCCCUCAAGCAAGGCCAACAAUGCAGGAGAUCUACCAGAUGCUCAUCCAUUAUGAAUCUUCCACUUCAGUGUGAAGACAACAUGUUGUAGAUACAUUCGAUGAACUAUGGGAUGCAUAAGCAUGGUAGGGAUGAUUACCUCUC